UCGGUGAAGAGGAAGCCAUGAUGGAGGAUGCAAUGUUUGGGUUGCACUUGUCGCAGUACCCCGGACCGUGGAAACGAUUUGACUUUGGCGUCCUGAGUUACCUGAUGUUGUUGCUCCCUCAUCUUCUGCAUUGUGUGUUUGGUGCGGAAGACAAAGAAGAAUUGGUCGGAGCCCUUGGUUCAUCAGUUUUACUGGAUCCUAAAGUCAGAGUUGAUCUCAACAAAAGUGAAAUUCUUUGGAUAUUCGUUGCCAGCCACAGAAGCCCUCUCACCAUUUUACAUCACAUCCCACAUUACGCGAGGUGGGCAGAGCCCAGUGAACAGUUCAAGUCCCGUUUGCAGUUUAAUCCGUCCAACGGCUCUCUGGUAGUGAACAGAUUAGAAGCCGGUGACGAGGGAGCUUACAGCUUCACUGUCAAUGACCAAGAGCUGCAAACAAUCCAAUUGCUCCUCUUUGGAGGAAGAAUUUUGGGGUCGAUGUGUCAGAUCAUAACAAAAAUAUCCCUUGAUCCAACCAGUCAGUCGAUAUUGGAUCUCCUCAAAGAGAAGCUGGUUGAAGCUUUGAUAUUUUCCAACUCCACAUCCCUCAGUUGUGGUUCCACCAUCCAGCUCAUCUGUAACGUCAGUGGAGAUCCUCACCAGUAUCAAUGGCGGAAAGACGGAGGGGAAAUCUCCCAGCCAUACCAGCUGACAGACGGUAACAGGACUCUUGUGUUCCUGAAGGCUUCAAGACGUGACUGUGGAAUGUACACUUGUGUGGCAACCAAUCCUGUCAGCUCCAUCCAGACAGACUACACCCUGACUAUUCACGGCUUUCCCCCUGUGGACAUCGCAGUUAUAACUCUGUCGAUCAUCGAACUGAUGAUUUCUUCAUUGUUUCUUAUUGAUGGUGUUCUUCAGCACAGCUGGAAGCUGGAAUUUGACAAAGGACUGAAGAACCUCAGAAGUUGGUUGCUGGGCCUGUUUAUCUGUAAUGUUGCGUUGCUUGUGGCAAUCUUCAUUACCCUCAUUUGCUGGAUUAGCAGUGAAGGUUCGAACCUUUUCGCAGUGGCGGCUUCCUGCACUGUGCCUCUCCUGCUUUUGAUUUUGUUCCUACCACCCUCUGUUUCAAAGCCAGUCUCUUUCCAGAAAAAUACAGUGUUUUGGAAAUUGACUGCAUUUGGACUUCACAUUGUUGUGUUCAUCACCUCGAUUACAUUCUUAACAUUAACAAGUAAUCCAAACUAUCAAGUUUGUGACAGCAGCUUCGUAACCUGGAGAGUAUUCUUCGCAUCAAUGUUGGGCUGUACAGUAUUCUUUCUCCUCCACCUUUUGCUCUGUCAGUCCCUAGGAACAGGACUUGCCUUUAACAUCUGGAGUAGAUAUAUCCAGAAGAAUGAUCGAAACCGAGAAACAAGGCAAGGCAGACAUACUGAAGUACAGAAGUUAGACGUUAUCCAAGUUGUCACAUCAGAUGACCAAUCUCUUCAAUUAGGAUUGGCACCGCAUUCAGCAUCUUCUGAUACAUGUUAGUGGACUUGCCUCCCAGUGACCUUGAUUUAGGCAGGAGCCUGGGAAGAGUUUCUCGCCAACGUCAUGAGCUUACCCUGGAUGUGAACAAUUUUCAUUAGCACUGGAAUCAUUAUUCCAGAUUCUGAGAAGAAGCAGAGGGAGUCUCUUUCUCUUGGGCCUCUGACAGCUCUCCCCAUUUUCAGAAGUUGCAGCUUGUGUACACUAGCAGCUCGUCCACAUUCACACCACCCUCUGAGUGAAGAUGUUUCCCCACAGGUUCCCUUAAAUAUUUAAUCUUUGACCCUUAACUUUCUAGUUUCACCUAACCUCAGUGGAGUGAGUUUGCUUGUAUUUACCCGAACUAUAACCCUCAUAAUUUUGUAUACCGCUAUCAAACCUCCACUCAGUUUCCUAUGCUCCAGACAUAUGAACUCCCAACCUAUUCAACCUUUCCCUAUAACUUGAUUGAGAUGUAUCAGAUGAUAAGAGGCUUUGAACAUCCAGCUCCUUUCUUCAGGUAGCAAUGACUAAUACCAGAGUGCAGACUCUUAAUGUGAUUGGAGCAAAAUAUAGGGUGUGACGUCAGAGGUAGAUUUUUCUACAGGGAGUAGUGGUAAAUGCCUGGAAUCUCUGCUGGGCAUGGUUGUUGUGGCUGAUUCGUUAGUGACAUUAAGAGACUCUUGAAAUGGGCUUAUUGAUAAAUAAAGAUGGGGGAUGGUUAUUGGCUGUGUAGGAUGAAGGGUUUAGACUGAUCAUUGAGUAGGUUUAUAUGGGUCCGCACAACGUCAUCAGCUAGAUAAUGUUCCAUUUUAACAUCAACUUAAAAUUAAUACAAUAUUUUCAUAACGCACAUGUACAGAAAUUAACAAUGACAUUAGUGUAAAAUUGAGAGAGAGAGAUAGAAAAUUUUUUGUCUUAGUGUUAGGUUUUUCAGUUCAGUCCACGAUCCUGAGGGCAGUGGGGCAGACACUCUUGUUAAAGUGAGGUGUGGGUCUUCAUAACUUCGCCAUGGUCGGUCCCCAGCCCGCCUGUGAAAGGAGGAGGGUUAAGCAUGAGGUUCGCAACCUCAUCCUGUAAAAACCCACUGCUACAGAAGACCAACAGAGCUCCAAAGUCCUCAUCCCUGGGAGAGGAAGGAAACACCAAGAGACCAAGAAGGAACAUCUUCCUGUACAGAUGAUGUGCUUAAGUAUGUAAGAAAAUGGCACCAGCGAACAACACGGCCAGCAAUGACAUCUUGUAAAUGAUUCACAAAGCUGCUACUGUCACUUCUUUUAUGUCAUCUUUUUCUUUCAUAUUUAGAACCAUAGAACAUUACAGCACAGCAACAGGCCUUUUGGCCCUUCUUGGCUGUGCUGAACAAUUUUUCUGCCUGGUCCCAAUGACCUGCACCUGGGCCAUAUCCCUCCAAAACCCUCGCAUCCAUAUACCUGUCCAAGUUUUUCUUAAAUGUCAAAAGUGAGCCCGCAUUCACCACUUCAUCUGGCAGCUCAUUCCGCACUCCCACCACUCUCUGUGUGAAGAAGCCCCCCCCCCCAAUGUUCCCUUUAAACUUUUACCCCUUCACGCUUAACCCAUGUCCUCUGGUUUUUUUCUCCCCUGGCCUCAGUGGAAAAAGUCUGCUUGCAUUCACUCUAUCUAUACCCAUCAUAAUUUUAUACACCUCUAUCAAAUCACCCCUCAUUCUCCUAUGCUCCAGGGAAUAAAGUCCUAACCUAUUCAACCUUUCUCUGUAACUCAAUUUCUCAAAUUCCGGCAACAUCCUUGUAAACCUUCUCUGCAUUCUCUCAACCUUAUUAAUAUCCAUCCUGUAAUUAGGUGACCAAAACUGCACACAUUACUUCAAAUUCAGUCUCACCAAUGUCUUAUACAACCUCACCACAACAUUCCAAUUCUUACAUUCAAUACUUUGAUUUAUAAAGGGCAAUGUACCAAAAGCUCUUUUUACAACCCUAUCUACUUGGAAAGCCACUUUUAGGGAAUUAUGUACCAGUACUCCCAGAUACCUCUGUUUUACUGCACGCCUCAGUGUCCUACCAUUUACCUUGUAUGUUCUACCUUGGUUUGACCUUCUGAAGUGCAAUACCUCACACUUGUCCAUAUUAAACUACAUCUGCCAUUUUUCAGCCCAUUCCUCCAACUGAUCUAAAUCCCUCUGUAAGCUUUGAAAACCUUCCUCACUGUCCACUACACCUCCAAUCUUUGUAUCAUCAACAAAUUUGCUGAUCCAAUUUGCCACAUUAUCAUCCAGAUCAUUGAUAUAGAUGACAAAUAACAAUGGAUCCAGCACUGAUCGCUGUGGCACACCACUAGUCACAGGCCUCCACUCAGAAUAGCAAUCCUCCACUACCACUGUCUGGCUCUUCCAUUAAGCCAAUGUCUAAUCCAAUUUGCUACCUCACCAUGUACACCUAGCAACUGAAUUUCCCAACUAACCUCCCAUGCAGGACCUUGUCAAAGUCCUUACUGAAAUCCAUGUAAACAACAUCCACUGCCUUCCCUUCAUCCACUUUCCUGGUAACUUCCUCGAAAAACUCUAAUAGAUUGGUUAAACAUGACCUACCAUGCACAAAGCCAUGCUGACUGUUUCUAAUAAGUCCCUGUCUAUCCAAUUACUUGUAGACCCUAUCUCUCAGUAUUCCUUCCAAUAAUUUACCUACUACUGAUGUCAAACUUACCGGCCUAUAAUUUCCUGGCUUACUUUUGUUUCUGCUACUUUUGGAACCUGUGAUCUAUAUUUUGGUGUUGUGUUAUUGGGCCAAUUGGAGUGAUCUGGCAUUUUGCUGCCAGUGAUGUGUUCGGUCAAGUUUCAUGCGAAGCCUGGAGAUGAGGCAAGAACCCAUGAUUGACUCCAUUUCUCACCGACUAAAGCUUUGAGGAAAACUGAAAUCCUCAAUCCGAGUGCGUGCGUAGUGCUGUCGACCUCUUAUUACUGCUGCAAGUGACGGCUGGCCUCCCUUUGCCUCUCACUACAGAGGACAGCGCUGCAGCCCUGGGUCUUGGGCAUGGUUGAAUUGAAGCAGUUUGUGGGUUGGACUCUGCAGAUCAGGUUAUGAUGUGUUUCUGGUCGCUCCUUAUUUUUUCUUGCUAUUUUGGUCUAUUUUAAUUGAGGUGGCCUGCGUUUAGCAAAUGAUAGCACCAGAUUGAACUGACCUGGAUGUGCCUGAUUUGAUUUUGUGUUUUGUUUUAUUUAAUUUAAUUUAUUUUUGGAUUUUUAUUUAUUUGUUAACUAACUGAUUAGUUUAUUGGUUGAGAUACAGGCCCUUACAGAUCUUCGAGCUGCGCUGCCCAGCAACCCACCGAUUUAGCCUUAGCCUAAUCACUGGACAAUUUAAAAUGACCAAUUAACCUACGAACUGCUAGUUCUUUGGACUGUAGGAGGAAAUCUAAGUGGUAACGGGGUUAACAUACAAACUCCUUACAGGCUGCGGCAGGAAUUGAACUGUACUAUAAUGCAUUAUACUAACUAUACUAUGUGUUGUAUAGUAACAGAAAACACACUUCUUUUGUAUGUUGGGGGUGGGGUGGUGGUUUAAUAUUUCUCUUUGAAUGGAUUCCAUGGUGUUUAUUUCGCCUGUAGGAAGACGUGCUUGUGUACUGCAUACAUACUUUGAUAAUAAAUGUGUUUUGAAUCUGUGAACCUCUCCUCCAUGUUCUCUACCUGAACCGGUGCAGCACAAGACUGUCAGCUUGGUCCCCUGCUCUACUUUUUUUACACUUAUGACUGUCUGGCCAAGCACAUCUCCAAUGCCAUGUUCACAUUUGCUGAUGGCAGCACUGCCAUAGGCCGAGAAACCAAGGAGCUGAUUAUAGACAUCAGGAGAAGGAAACAGGAGGUCCAUGAGCCAUCGGAGGAUCAGAGGUGGAGAGAGUCCUCCAAGUUUCACCGAAACCAGCAUGUGAGCUGCCCGAUUUGGGUCUGUGUUCCAUGGGUGGGGGAACAGCAGGUAUCUCAGGCUUGUCCACAGUUGUGUUGACACGUUCGUGGUCAGGAUUGUGGGGAUGCUACUUUGGUGCUGGAAUGUGAGACCAGAAGAGGUUUCAGUGAGGUCUCGCCACCACCCUGUCAGGGUAUGCAGUGUUUUGGAAAUGGACUCCAUUUGGACUUCACAUUGUUGUGUUCAUCACCUCGAUUACGUUCUUAACAUUAACAAGUAAUCCAAACUAUGGGCUCGUCAGCUGUGAUUGGCAGCUCACCUGGAAGAAAAAUUCUGAUCUCCAACCUCCACAGGCAACAGGCAGGCAAGCAGAUAAGGUGCAUGAAUUGUUUGUGAGAAAGGACACGGCUGACUUUGGGCUGACAUUGCCAAGGUAACCAUUUGUAAGUUCAAGCAGCAGGCAAUCAACUGCCCUUCUCAAGCCGACAGCCUCUCCCUCUUCCAUUUCUGGGUGUCCUUGGGGAGCCUGCAAUCUCUGUGGGCACAGUGGGGAUUUCCAAGAACCGAGAGCUCCCUCUGACCCGCCCCCAGGAAUUGAAGGUUUUGUAGAUAAUAGAAAUUGUAUUUUAAUUUGAAACCAUUAAUAAAUCAGUGAACCCAG